CGGGAUGAUAGUGACAUCGUGCAGCGGCUUUGACAGACUUCCUGACACUUUCUGAGUCCAAGCGAGCCACUGACAGGACACAAGUCUGUACCUCAACUUUGACUCCUCGUGCUUAGCCCCACUCCAUCCCCGUCCUUGAACUCAAUUAACCACACACAACAGUAACUUCAAUCACUGGAAUCAAAUCUUUGUUCAGGAACAUAAAGUAGCAUGGCAUUUGCUCAGUGUCGACAAAGGGCUAGAUAAACCAAAUUUGCAAUUUUGCAAAUACCCUUUUCACGUUUACCCGCUCCACCUGAGCUCCACAUGGCAUAUGUACACCCCCGGUUCUACGUAUUUUUUCUCGUCUUCUCAACCACAACACCCAAUCACCAAUAAUGUCUUACGAUCAAGGAAACCAACGGUCACGGGACUUUGACGACUCCUCAAAAUAUGAUGCCCCUAUCGGCGGUCAACGCACUGUGCCCGGGGGAGACCCCACGCUUUCGGGAUCAUACGGGGGCAGCAGGACUGGCCAGGCUGGUGGAUACACAGGAAAUGGAAAUGAAGGCCGCGUCGGUCGACAAGAUCAGCAGAGCUUAAAUCAAGGCGAUGAAUAUUGCGACACGGAUCCUGGAAUGGCCGGUAAUCGCGGCGGUCAGGACGUGGAUGUCCUCGGAGCCGGCCAAGUUGGUGGCGGAUACGACGAUACCUUUGACCAGUGCAUCAUCGGCGACGGCCGUAGCCGCGGGUAUGAGCGUGAUGUUGAUGAGUAUGAAGACUCUGGCGUCGGCGGUGGUCAAGCUGGCACCGGCACCGGCACUGGUGCUGCUACCGGUCGCGGUCCAAAGUUGUCUUCCAUGGGCUCCAAAUUUAUGGGCGAAGUGUAGAAGACGGCUGGCAAACUUUCGAAUGAUUUCUCGCUCGAGACUAAGGACAAGCAGCACGACGUAUGUGCUGAUUUAUAUUUGUACAGAAUGUAAUUCCUGAGAUUAUUGUACUUAUAUUUGUAUCAUCUGCUUAAUGAGAAAGUCAUCACAU